AGUCGCGGCCGAGCGGUGCGCGCGUGUGGAGCGGGAGAGGUUGUGCGUGUUGUGUGGAUAGGCAGGGUGCGCGGAUUCCGUCGUCAGUCCGAGCGGUGCCGUCCCCCACCGGCGGAUUUUCUCUCGCAGCGCCAUGGCGCUGCGCGUGCUGCUGCUCGCCGCCUUCACCACCCACACCGUCGCAGCCUACUUCGAAAGUGACCUGCGCGAGCUGUGCGCCGCCUCGCGGCAGCCGCAGCUGCUGCUGACGUCACGCGGUCCCCGCUCGGCGGCGCUGCUGCACCUCUCCGACCAGCACCGCGACCGCUGCGUGCUGUCCGUCGCUGUGCCCUACAUGCACCAGCUGGCCCUCAGGCUCUUCCUGCAGCCCGAGCCGCCGCCUCCUGGCACCAUAUGCCCGCUGAGCAUCGUACGCGAUGACGACGGCGCGCUGCUGCCGCUGUGCUCCUCUGACGGCAUCCCGCUGGAGAGACUGCGCGGCCGCCAGGUGUCUCUGCUGUGGGCGCCGCCCGCCAACGAGACGGCCGUCGCCGCCGGCUGGGCGCCCACAGAGCUGCUCAUCACCGCCCUCAGCAGAGGCCGCAGCUGCGCGUCUCCGCAGCUGGUGACGUGUCGCGGCCGUACCCGGCGCGCCUCGCUGUGCGUGUCCCGAGCGCUCGCCUGCGACGGCUACAGCAACUGCCCGCGCGGCGAGGACGAGGCGCCCGACGUGUGCGCCGCCGCCGCCGCCUCCACCGACGCGCCGCCCCCGCAUGCUGGCCGUGACGCGCUGAGCAGCGUGCUGGCCGAGUACAGCCCGUGGGGGUACCUGAUGCUGGCGAUGCUCGUGACGGGGGCGCUGCUGCUGCUGUGCGGCCUGUGGGAGUGCUGCCGGCGGAGGGGCGGCGGGGGCGGCGCCGGCGGGGGCGGCACCGAGCUGUCGGAGGCGGGCCAGCAGCCGCUGCCGCCGCACACGGCCACCAUCGACGCCGCCGUCUUCGUGGUGGAGCCGCUGCCGCCGCCGCCGCCCUACGAGUCGCUGGACCAGCCGCCCUGCUACGACCAGCUGUUCCCCGCCGCCAAGGAGAGCAUCGCGUAGCGGCCGACCCCGAAGGCAGUGGCGUGCCGCCGCCCCCCGACAGCGCCGAACUGACUGCGUCAGCUGUGUCCCCGACAGGCAGUGGGCUUGCCGCCGCAGCGCUGGCUCACAAGAGUUAAGAGAGUUCGAUGGACUGCAGAGAGUUCCGAGAGCUCCCGCGGUGUCGACGGCGGAUGCUCUACAGCUGUGUCGCGUCGAGCGACGUAGCUCGCCAGAGCAGUCGGGCACUGGACCAGCGGGAGUGAUGUCUCAAUCUUCCUGCCUAUUCCACACUCCGUACCUUGCACACUGAGUUGCGUUCCGCACCGCACUGCAGCACCGUGUCGUUUUGGGAAAUGAAUGCCUCGCUGAGACCGGUUUUUUGGACUGGCACUGACCAGCAGCUAUACCUAGUCAUAUGUCACUGUUUCUGAAAAUUGGAAAAUAGUGCCUUCAAAUCUGUUAGGAUGCAGUAAACACACAGACACCUUACCACAAACGUGAGAUAUUGAAGCACCGACGAGAGACUACUUUUGGCACCCAUGAAUACAUCUCGAUUAUUCAUUUGUGUGGCCGUUGGAUCUGACUUGGAUAUCGCCUGGAGACAACGCUGGCGAACAAAAUUUCUGACUUUCACCGAGGGACGAGAAGCCCCAGAGUGUCAACACGACACAGCAAAGAUGUACUGCCAGUGGAACCUUGGAACCUUUUCACAUGUAUUUCCACUUCGGAGAGUUUCUAUUUCUAAAACACUCUGCGUGUUCCUGGAAGAGAGGGAGCAACACCUGUGACUUCGUGCAGCUUCAGCAGCAAAACAGGCAUCUAACGCUAGCAGAAUAGUAUAUUUGUAAGGCUGAUCUUCUCUUUACCGUCAAGGUGUCACCGCGGGAGAUAUGGCAGGAAGGCAGCAUUUUUAUGAAAUAUUAUAGGAGUAGCCAGAGAAUGAAGGGGCAGAACUGUUUGGCUACCUCACAACCUCCUUGGAGGCUUGAUACGGCCGAAUAGACUUUGUUGCAACUGUAACUGAGCUGUGUCUCGUCUGAAGAUGACUUAUGCACACUAAAAUUCUCUCCACCUAAGAAUUCUGUGGUUUUUUUUUACCGAAAUCUUUAGCUUCUCUGGUUUCUAGUCGGAUACAGUGAUAUGCAAUAAAGGAGAACGGUGCCAAAGAGGCGCCGAAGCCGAAGACUUCUGGCCUCCGUCUCAGCAUACCAGCCCAGUGAGCGGAUGAUGCCAGAACAACAGACAAGGGUGAUUUCUGGUCAGAGCCAACAACCUAGCGGGUAGGCCCCGCGCGCCGGCCGGCUGACACGCUCGACCAGCGGUCGUGGACUCCACGGUCGAGCAGCACGCGGCUCGCCUCGCCACGGCGGCUUCCGUUCCCACACGGCAGCCCAGCUUACGAGCCGCCGCGCUCGAGACCGCAACCGGUUUUACGCGACCGACUUUUCCGCACAGCCGCACACAAAGCACUCUGCCUGUCGGUCUUCUUGCGCAGCUGAAGGAGAAUGCCUCCGGGUCGAACUCCCCACCAACGUGAUCGUAAUAGCCCAGUCCGUGCUUCUGAAAAGCAUCUGCCGAACGCAGCAUGUGACCACCUGAUCCAUUAAGAUACGGCGGAGUUCUUGUACAACACCUGGUGUAGGUAACAGAUGUCAGACGACACUUUUGUGAUUGACGUAGAAAGCUGUCAGGCUCACCAGACUGGCAGUUUUCGUUAUUCAUUAAUGCGAAGGCUAGUCGGCAGCAGUUUUCCAACCUUCAGAUCCUACGACUUCCUAUCCACUUCCUCAGACCUGUCACACUCUGAAUCUCUCGCAGUCUGAUGCAUAUAGCCGAAACGAGAUCGUUCCCCAUUAUUUUCACGCUCAAGUUUCCCAUACCACUUGUUCUUCUAGCAAUACCUCGUAUCUCAAUAAAUGCCUGAUAACAAAGAAUCGCCACAGACUGCCCUCUUCGCACAAGCUCCUUGUUUGCAAUAUGAGCCCACUUGAUCAUCCCCUAUAUCCUGCUUUGACAGCAAUAUUUACUAGAACUCCAUAUAAAAACUUUCAGUUCAUAUUCUAGCAGUGAAAUUUUUUACUGUCUCGAAUCAAAUAUCGACUUCAAUAUAUCAGUAAUGACCUCUGGCAGCUUUUUUCCUGUUAAGAAAUCUUUCAUUAAAAUCUGUUAACAAUGUAAUUUACUUCCUUCGAGACCAGCGUGUGUGAACCCUCGCCAGCGAAAACCCCGUGAUCUCUACAAAAAUCGCCUGUACUGGUACGGUUUCGAUUAAGACAAUAUUUCCACAGAAUGAAGUGGUGCAGUGGUUAAUCACCUAACACACUGGGAAUCGUAUUCGGGAGAUUCGAAGCUACAAUCGCCUUCUGGUGAUCCAACUUUAGCUUUUCAAAAAUUCCCCCUGAUCACUUAUGGUGGAUUCCUGGAUGGUUCCUUUGAACACAGACUACAGGCGAUAUUAUGAUCAAUCAUUAUGUAGCCACAGUGUUCCAGCUCUAAUGACAUCGCCAUUGACAGUACGUCAAAUCACAAUCUCACAGAACUCUGAAAUGAAACCUAUAGCUAAUAACACCCAAGACUUAUGGCGAUCUCGUUGCCGUGAUUUAUAUUAUUUAUUUUUACUGGUUACGACUAAAUUCAGUAUCGAUCAGCCACCGUCGAUCAGCGACUGUACCAUCUUCUGCCUCUGACCUCAUACAGGUGAAUGGGUUCAGUGCACCCCUUUCCCGGCCGUUGUUGUUUUCCCAUACCUUGGAGCUGUUAGUCACUGUGCUAGCUUCUGAAUUAUUAUGAGGAUGAAUGCACCUUCUUUCAGACCUGCCACGAAAGAAACAUCCCUGACAAUAUCGGGAACUGAACUCGAUUCCUCUAAAUAGUGCUCACCUCUGCAGAGGGAAUCCAUUUAAUCCAUCCCAUGGCAGUAGUGUUGUGUGUCUGUCGCAAUACUUCAGUCAGUAUGAAACACAAUGGCCAUUCGACUGUCCGCCAUUUGGGCGACUUGUGUGUCCCUAAUCUAUCCCAGUUAUCAAACCAGGGAAAAUGGACGUACAGCUUAACGUGGAAUCCAGAUCAUGUGUCGUUCCUGGUCACUCCUCACAUAGUUGAGAGUUGAAGGUUAGAUUAAACGAUUCAAAAUGGCUCUGAGCACUAUGGGACUUAACAUCUGUGGUCAUCAGUCCCCUAGAACUUAGAACUACUUAAACCUAACUAACCUAAAGACAUCACAUAACGUCCAUGCCCGAGGCACGAUUCGAACCUGCAACCGUAGUGGUCGCGCGGUUCCAGACUGCAGCGCCUAGAACCGCACGGCCAGUCCGGCCGCAGACGGUGGUCUGGUUGGGAUUGCACCUGCGACGUAUUGGUUUCCCAGUCACGUGCUUCACCGCUAGACUCGACAUGUGACGGAGGUUACUGGUGUAGUAGUUAAACCUUUUCCCCUGUGCAUUUGUACAGUGCAUUGAUGCAAUUAACUUAGAAUUUACUGUUGAAAGUGCAAUGUUCCCUCUGUGCGGGAGCAGUUUUGCAUGUAGUUCUCCUAAGCUGUGGGUCGAGAUCCUCGCGAGUGGGCAGUUUUGCAGGCGGUGCGCUUCAGGCAGCAAACUCGGCGGCCGCCCGUUGGUCGUCACAGGGCGCAACCAGCAGGUUCCGGCAGGGAGCUCCGAACAAUGGGCGGCCCAGCUGCAGCCGCGGACUUCUCCUCGAGUGGCCGGCCACGCGUGCACCUGUACCAGCAUCCGGCUGGCGUGCCGUUAUCACUGCUACAGUGCCAGGCGGCAGGAGGGAUAACUUGCAGAGCCGCACGACCCCACUAGCACUGCACGGCUCUCGAUCUUCCCCCUGUAGGAACGUCACAUGGCGUUUCGGUCGUUACUUUCCACUUCAUCGUCAUCUGUGGUAUAAUACGGAGCAUAUUCCGUUAGCUCAACGAAUGUCAAAAGUGACCCAGCUGUAAGAACCGAGAAGCAGUGCGGUCAUUACAAUCAUGUUGUCUGGAGAUCCACUCCGCCUUCGGAUCAGUCGUAUAUAUCUCUUAAAAAUGGAUACUCGAGCCGGCCGCGGUGGUCUCGCGGUUCUAGGCGCUCAGUCCGGAACCGCGCGACUGCUACGGUCGCAGGUUCGAAUCCUGCCUCGGGCAUGGAUGUGUGUGGUGUCCUUAGGUUAGUUAGGUUUAAUUAGUUCUAAGUUCUAGGCGACUGAUGACCACAGAUGUCAAGUCGCAUAGUGCUCAGAGCCAUUUUUUUUUUGGAUACACGAGAUUAGUUUUUUUUUUUUUCACCAGUCUUCUGAUUUGUUUGAUGCGGCCCGGUAAGAAAUUCACUCCUGGGUCAACUUUUUAUCUCAGGGUAGUACUUGCACCCAACUUCCUCAAUUAUUUGUUGGAUGUAUUCCAUUCUCUGUCUUCCCUUACAGUUUCUCCCACCUACAGCUCCCUCUAGUGCCAUCGAAGUUAUUCCUCGAUAUCUUAACACGUCUCCUAUCAUCCUGUCUCGUAUUAUUGUCAGCCGGCCGCGGUGGCCGAGCGGUUCUAGGCGCUUCAGUUUGGAACCGUGUGACCGCUACGGUCGCAGGUUCGAAUUCUGCCUCGGGCAUGGAUGUAUGUGAUGUCCUUAGGUUAGGUAGGUUUAAGUAAUUCUAAGUUCUAAUUUUCAACACACUUUUAUUUAGCACCACACCUCGAACGCUUCGAGUCUCAAAUUUCUCGUUUUCCCACCAUACAACGCAGCCUUUCAAACGUACGUUUUCAGAAAUUUAUUCCUAAAAUAAAGGCCCAUGUUUGAUACCAGUAGACUCUUUUCUGGCAAGAAUGCCCUCAUUGCCUGCCUUGGUCUGCUGUUAACUUCCGCCUUAUUUCGCCCGUCAUAUGUUGUUUUGCUUCCAUGGUAGGAGAAUUUCUUCCCUUCGCCUGCUUCUUGGUCUCCAAUUGUGAUAUUAAAAUUAUCGAUAAUCUCAUUUCUGCUCCUCUUUAUUUGGCCUUUCUUCAGUUUAUUUUUAAUCCAUAGUGUGCGCUCUUACACUGUUCAUUUCAUUCAACGUAGCCUGCAAUCCUUCCUCGCUUCCACUGAGGACAGCAACCACUCAUUUUCCGACAGCUGGUGCAUAAUAUUCUCAGUACUGAGGAUAUUAAAGUCAUCACCGAAUCUUGUCGUUGAUAUCCUUCCACCCUGAAUUUUAAUCCAACUCUUGAACCUACGUUUUAUUCCCGUCACUGCCUCUUCACAGGUUGAAUAGUAGGGGUGAAAGACUGCAUCUCGUGCUUACGCAACACUUGCUUCGGUACGUCAGUGUUGCCCCUGGGUAACGAGACAUAACACCGGCAGUAGCAUAGUUUUGUCUGUGAUAACCGCCAGCCUAUGACUGUCGAGGGUAUCUGCAAUGGCAAACAAGGGUUAAGACAACAGUCGACACCCAGAGGCUAGGCCUUGUCCACUGAUUGAAAACUACCUGCCGCCCAGUGUACCAAAAAUCAACGUCUCACUAUGUCAGUCACUAGCAACUGUCCAUAUUUCAUACAGUCUAUAGAGCAUAAUCUUUUGAUCUGUUCAGAGCAGGCUCGGGGGCUACGUAUAUAAUCUGAAUGCAAGGCGUAAUGUGGUUAGAAGCCACUGUAGUUGUCCAUUUUUCGGUUUCGUUGCCGAAACCGCUUCAACAUGCGGCUGCAGAAGUUCACGGAAAAACAUACCCAGCUCUCUAACACUUCAUCGUUGCGCUGCCUUGCUCCAUUUGUUCGCCCUUUUUUGUGUCAGCUGUAAAGAGAAAUUGUUGAUUAGAAUUUGCGUUUUCGACAGUUAGAUCCUUAGAGAAAGAGUGCUGGCUCAGCCAUAGAAAGCUGACGAAGCGAGUGGUCUGGGUAUGAACCAGUCGGGAAUGUCGGAGGUUCAAUCGCUCCUUUCCCCAUUACAAAACCUAGUCUUUAUCCACUGUGCCAACUUUCUUGCCAUGUGAUAUGAGAUCAGUUAAUCAUAUUCUGUAAGGCAAACACAGUUGAUAAAACAAGGCUGUUAAGAGAUCACGGGGUUAGCUGCAUUUUUCGAAACACUCAGUUGGUGAGAGACCUUUUAUUUCUGUGGUGUGAGAUACCAGAAACUUACACAUAAUUCAGUAUGUCUGUUAUGUAUACUUCCCAUAUUUAUUUCUGGCUAUGAAUACCUUUUGUUACACUGUUACUGCUCCUACUUUAUUUCAUCAUUAAUGGUUCACACUGUUAACUGUUAGUUACAAUUCAGUUAGUUACGUUCAUGUGCUUCGGCUCUCGAAAUUUUCGUUGAAGCUAUUGGAAAACGUUCGUAACACGUUGGCGUGGACUAAGGGAGAUCUUGUUAGACAUGUGUGUUUGCUUCCGUACCCAGUGACAUGUGAUUUACCGACUGAAAUGGAAUCAAAGACUUCCGUGUUCAUUGUUAACUGAUUCCGCACUGUAUUAUAUUUGCCAAAGAUCUUGUAUAGUUAAGGAAUUAUUUAUGUAUUUAUUUAAAGAAAAGAAUGUAAUCACUGUAAAUAUAUUUCUUUAUACGAAU